GGGACCGCGUGCCCCGCUGGCGUGCUGCUUAGAUCCACUGCGAGAGGACAAGGCACUUGAGUUCUUUGUGUGGCUGGGAUGAAAUGAUCCAGAGCUGAGGGAUAUGGGACAUCUCAGCUGCCCAUCCUCUCAUUAACUCCGUUUGGUCUCAUGAAAGCGUGUCUUUUAUCCCCCUUUCCAGUGAUUACAGUCAUGGCUCUGUGGCUUUUCUUUUCCUGGUGACCUUGUUCUCGCCUGUGACACAGUGCUCAGCCCCGACGGUGGCCCGAGGACUUCACUGAUGCUGAGGACAUUUCAUAGUGUCAGUGACGGAGAACCCUCCUGAUAUGAGCCACCUGAAAACGUGCUGUCAUCCCAAAGUCCCUGCGACUGCUCCCUUCUUGUUGCUUCUUGAUGAGACGAACGGUGCCUGCGUGGGGUUUAAAAACGGCAGGGUUUGUCAUGGUAACGAGGCAGCGCAGAGGAGGGAAGCCAGGCGAGAUAACAGCUCUGCCUUCUGCUCUCCCCGCAGCCGGGCCCGGGGCUUUAUCUGCGGUUUCCUGGCAGGGCGGUGAGCGCUGGCACUGGGGUGCUGCCCCGCCAGACAAGAAAAAGGGUGAAAGAAUGAUGUGUGGCAUAUUUAAACACAUAUUGUGUAACCACAUUAAACGGGGGGCAGGAAGAGAGGGAAGGAUGGAGGUUUAAUGAGCAGAGGCAGGGGAGACCCUGGAUUGUUCAGCACAAGGUGAUGCAAGAGAGCCUGAGGGAACAGAAGCACUUUUAGUGCCACGAUUCCUUCUGUCGCAAGGUCUCGCAGCACGGCCGGGUGUCCGACCCUGGGGAGAGGCCAACACCUAGAAACCAUUUUAUUUGAAUGGAUAGUUACAGCACGUGGGCUACGAGCACAUCGGGGCUCUUGUCCCACCAUGGGUCGGCCCUUGAUCGGCUCCAUAAUCCCCAUACACAGGCAACACUCACAGGCCUGGCAGGGAUGGAAUUAUUCCUCAAGCUGGGAGCGCGCGCCUGUGCGAGGCUGCGUGUUGUCCCGCCUUGUCCCCACGCCGGCUCAGUGCAGAGCUGCUGACUCUCCUUGUCACCUGCUGUGUCCCCCUCUUUUUGGUUUUCCAGGGACACUCAUGUGGCUGCAGGGUCAGUGGGGAGAAGCCACCAGGUCCCAGCAAGCGCGGCAGGGAAGGAGAAGGGCUGGGCUGGAUGUUCAGCUCCUGUUAGGACCGGCUUAAGCCUGGCCAGACUCUAGGUGGGGCUGAAGAGUUGGAGAUCUUUCCUGCACUGAGCCUGGCCUGGGUUUUAGCUGGGUCUGGGCGUCCAGGAGUGUUCUUGAAUGAAAAAGCCUUGGCUGUGGUCCCACAGCUGCCGUGUCUGGAGGAGGGACCCCCGCCCGGCGUUGGGGUCCCAAAAGAGGUCACAGAGGGGCUUUCCACCCGCACGGAGGCAGCGAGGGGUGGCUGGGGACACCCAAGAUACGGGAGGAAGGUUUGCACAGAUCCUCAUCCGUGGGCGACGGCUGAGUCACGGGCCGUGUGCUGACAGGCGGGAGCGGGAGGAAGAUGCCAAGCUCGGGAUGGAGCUGCCUCAGCCCAGCCAAGCCUCCAGCCCCUCUCGAGACCCCCACCACCUCUAAUGUCACGUGCACCGCGGUGGGGACACCGGGCGCCUUCCUGGCGCUGCUGUCACCCGUUCACUGUGACAUGCCUCCCUUCCUUCUUUCCCUUCUUGUUGUCAGGCUCCCUUUGCAGGAUUUGCGAUGAUUCAUAUUUGCUUGUGGCUGCAAAUAGUCGUGCACAGAAAAUAAACCACGGUUCCCUUCCCUUGGGGAAGGAGGCAGACAAUUCCAGUUAGCCCUUGGAGACGCCGAAAGCUCCUCAAGGCUCCAACCCAGCUCAUUUUCGGUGGCCCAGAUCAACCCAGCUCAGCACAGCAGGUCCUGCCCAGCACGGCUGGGAGCGACUCGCAAAAAUCCUCAGAAAUUUUGGCUGAAUAACAUUUUUAAUGCCUGUUUUGUCUUAUCCCCAGCCCGCGCCUGGGCUGCUGAGCUCUGGUGCUCUGCAAACGCGACAAUCGUGAUUGAACUGGGAGUUUCCAAAGCCAUAUUAACUCUUUCAGAGGGGGCCUAGACCCCUUUCUCCUCCCUUUUAUGACAUCUCAGGGUGCUGCUAACACCAAUGUCCACACUGAGAAUCACCACUUCCCGGUGUUUAUGCUUUUAACCCGGCUGACGCUGCUGCCGGAGCGAGUCCCCGUGCCAUGGCGGUGCAAUGGGUCGCUGGGUUUCAGAGCAGCACCACACAAACCCCAGUACGAGCUGGUGGAAAACCAGUGCUCGCCUGGUUAACGAGGCAGAGGGAAGAUGUGUCGCUCGCUCCACAAUUGCACAAGCUGAAUAGGAGCCAGUUCUUGGUUUCUUAGAAAUAAGUGAAGCCGUGUCCCAGACCGCUUUCCCUUCGUCACCACUUGGCCCGGCCGCGCUGUGCGAGGAGCCCAGAUCCAGCCACGGCUCCUUCUGACCCCGGGAACGCGUCUUGGGACGGGAAGGAUGCGGAUCCGUGUGCGCCACAGCCCUCGCCCUCGCCCACGGGGGCUGGAACAAAAGGGGCUGCGGCUCCGGGGGAGAGACCCCGAGAUUUCACCCUGGGAACGUGGAUUUUGGCCGGUGCCACAAUCCCAAGGAUGGGACGGGAGCUGGCAGGAGGGUUUUGGGGGGCGCUGAGCAACACACAGCGGGUUCUCCAUGUCAGCGCUCGCCUCUGUCACCCGUGUGCUCCGCGACACGUCCCCGUGGGCACCCGCGCUCCGGGGCGCCUGGGGACCCACGCGGGGCGGGGACCCACGCGGGGUUGGGACACGCACCCCCACACACCCCCCGGGCAGCCCCGCAGAGGCGGGGAUCGGCCCGCACAUGCUCCCUGCCUUGUUUUGCAGCUCCCGCUGAGGCCGCGCCGCCCCGUCCCGUCCCGUCCCGCCCCCCCGGGGCCGCCCCCGGGCGCGCCGGCCACUUAAAGCGGGGGCGGGCGGCGGCGGCUCCGUGCGCGUUCCCACCAUGAUCUUCGAUCGCGUUAAACGCUUCUUGCUGAUGCUGGAGGGUGCGGAGAGGGACGGACCGGUGGCUUUCAGCCCCGGGCAGGCGGUGACGGGCCGAGUGGUGCUGGAACUGGCGGCCCCGGCGCGACUCGGCGCCCUGAGCCUGCGGGCGAUGGGCGCUGCCUGCGUGCACUGGACCGAGUCCCGCAGCGCCGGCUCCAGCACCGCCUACACCCAGAGCUACAGCGACCAGGUGGAGUUUCUCAACCACCGAGACACGCUGCUGGCACCCCCAGACAACGGCGAGGUCACUGUCCUGCAGGCGGGAAGGCACGAGUUCCCCUUCACCUUCCAGCUCCCUGAGACCCUGGCCACCUCCUUCGAGGGCAAGCACGGCAGCGUGCGCUACUGGGUGAAGGCCAAACUGCGCAGGCCCUGGGCCACGGUGAGGAAGGUGAAGAAGGAGUUCACUGUGAUCGAGCCCAUCGACAUCAACACGCCGGCGCUGCUGGCUCCCCAGGCAGGUGCUAAGGAGAAACUUGCUCGUGCCUGGUACUGCAAUCGCGGCCAGGUUUCUGUCACCGCCAAGAUUGACCGGAAAGGCUACACCCCAGGUGAGGUCAUCCCUAUCUUUGCGGAGAUCGACAACUGCACCAGCCGAGCGGUGGUGCCCAAGGCGGCCAUCAUCCAGACUCAGACCUUCAUCGCGCGCGGCACCAAGAAGCAGAAGAAGUCGGUGGUGACCAGCAUGGUCGGGGACACCAUCGCGGCGGGGAAGCGGGAGGUGUGGCACGGGCGGGCGCUGAAGAUCCCGCCGGUGGGUCCCUCCAUCCUCCAGUGCCGCAUCAUCCAGGUGGAAUAUUCCCUGAAGGUUUGUGUGGAUAUUCCUGGGACGUCCAAGCUGCUCCUUGAGCUGCCGCUUGUCAUCGGAACCAUCCCGCUGCACCCGUUCGGGAGCCGCACGUCCAGCGUCAGCAGCCAGUACAGCGUCAACCUGGACUGGCUGAGCAGCAUCCCGGAGCAGCCGGAGGCUCCCCCCGAAUACUCGUCGGUGGUGUCCAGCUCGGAUGCCGAGCAGAGCCUGGCUCCGCCGUGCCGCAGCGAGCUCAGCAGCAUCCUGGAAGGUCCUUUCUUUGCCUACAUCCAGGAGUUUCGCUUCCGACCACCUCCCCUGUAUUCAGAGGUUGAUCCAAACCCCACCUCAGAUCACAUCCGUCCACGCUGCAUGACCUGUUGAGAUAAGCGCACGGGAUGUGGUUGAUGGCGUGGAGAUCCCUUGGGAUAGAAACUGGCACCCUGGCAGCGCUUCGGGCUGGAAACGGGGCCGUGGUGGCCGUGACGCCGGCUCCGCUCGCUGUCCCCAGCCGCUCCCGCGUGACUGCCCCGCGCACCGAUGCCGAGCGCUGGGGUGGACUCGUGCGUGGCAGGAGAACACGUGGAGCAGCUCUGUGUGUGGAUGGACAGGACGUGGAAGGUUAAUAACCGCCCCAGGAUUUUGGGGUUAAAACAGGGGAGGUUGAGCACGAGCCAGGAGCGCUCUCCCCUUGCCGCCUGUCGUGGGGAACAGGAGCUUGGAGGUUUUCUCAGGGUUUCUGGAGAACAUUUUGCGCUCGCUCGGUGCGCGCACGUGGUGCCGCGGGUGCAGCUCUUCUGCAGCCGCUCACCGGGGUUGCUGAUCCCUCAGACACUAAAGGGCCUUUUUCCUGGCCAGAUGAAGCAGAGACUUUGUCCACUGCUGAUAAUCUUUGCCAUGCGCCUGGUGCUGCCCGUGUGGGGAAUGGUUCGAGCUGCUCUACCCAAACUGUAAAGGCUUCCAGGGGCUGUUACCAGAGCAGAGGACUCGAGGGACGAAUUUACCAUCUGUGGUGGCGUUUUGGUGCCGUUUACAAAGAACAGGAAAGCUGGUUCCUGGACAUCAGCACCAAACCUGCCCAAUGUUCUGGUUCCUCCCCUGCGAUGGGGCUGAAACCAUCCCAAGAACCGCGGUACUGCCACGGGGUGUUGGAGCCGCGGCUCUGGCAUCGCCGUAGUGGCCAAGAAGAUAAGAAGGAAGCCAGAUCUGAGGCUGGUGGCAACCGCAGCUGCCGGCAGGAGGUUGGAGUUGAAACGAGUCCUUGGUGGCCAAGGUUCCUGCUCAGGAUGGGCUCCCGUUGGGGCCUGAGCAGAGUGUGGGUGCUGAGGACCUUUGCAUUCCCUUGCUGAGACAAUCCCUCCCCGCUCGCCGGGAUUGCUCAGGUGACUUUUCUAUCUGUGAACACUUUUGUAGCGACCACUCUUGUCUCUGGUUGUUCUUUUUGUACGGAGAACUUUUGGUUGAAAUAAAUUCUUUAAACCCAGACGUUGUCUGGAUGUUGUAA